AUGCCGCCGCUCCCGGGGCGGGGCCUGGCCAUGAAGGGGGCGGGGCCUCCGCGGUCCCUCCCUCUUUGGCCCCGCCCCCUCUGGCCCCUCCCCCCCCUACUGGCGGCCAUGGCCUCGCUGGGAGCGCCCGGAGCGCUGGGGGCGCCCCCGGCCCGCGGCUCGCCCCCCGCGGGUCCCCCCUCGGCCGCGCUGCUGCUCUCGUGCUCGGGGCUCGUGGCCUUCGUCCUCCUCCUCCUCACCUGCCUGUGCUGCAAGCGCUGCGACCUCGGCUUCAAGGAGCUGCAGAGCCCGGACGGGGCCGAGGAUUCCGGGGAAUUUUCGGGGGAAUUUUCCCCGCCCCGGGCCGAGGUGUUCGUGGUGCCCCUGGAGCCGCCGCCGGCUCCCCCGGGGCAGCUGAGCCUCCUGCAGGAGAUCGGCACCGCCUGGUUCGGAAAGUAUCCUGGCCGAGGCGGGGGCCCGCCCGCCCAGGUGUUCUAA